AUGGUGGACGUGGACGUGAAGAGUGCAGGGGAGGCACUCCUUAAAAACCCGCAGUUCAUGGAGCUCUUCCAGCGAGCUCUGGGUGGUGAGGAAAAACUCCGGGACAUACCACCGGAGGGCGAUCCACGCCGUGAGAAGUGGCUGCGUGACAUCCAGCUGAAGCUGCAAGAGGAAAGCCGAAAUGCCAUGAAAGACAAACUGGAGGAGAUUCAAAGCGAUGAGAACGGGCAGUGGAUGUAUGUCCUUCCAGAGCCGGGUUUCUGCGUCAAGUGCACCACAGCUGGUGGCGGCAAGAUUUUUCUGAACGUGUGCCGGCACCAACGCAUUGCCGAACCCAUUCCAAUUGAGGAGGAUGAAAACGCAGAGGAGAUGAAGUUUAAAAUUCCGCUGAGUUGUGGGCAGGCGCGCCCAGAUACAGACAAGAGUGGAAAACCAUGCAAGGUGUAUGACGUCAUCGUGAACCCAUCGACGGUGCAACGGUGCUCAAAAGACCAUGAAUUCCGCUGCUUUGUCGUCUCACUGUGUAUUCAUUGGAUCAAACAAAAAUGCGAACCCACGCUGAAUGCGGAGGAGUACAGAAAUAUGAACUUCAAAGUGAAGGGAGUUUUAGAACCGCAACGAAUCCGUUUAUCUACCAUACCCAAAGCAGCAAAUGCUAUGGGAGAUGAAAUUCGUCUACCCCAAAGCAGAGGUGCGGCGUUGCCCCCAACAAACGUGGGUGGCCGCAGUGGCACAGGAAGUCUUAUACAAGAGGUGACGAACCCACCAUUAAACUCCGAUAGAGUCUUGCAGUCUGGGACUACGAAGACGACGACGGCAACGACUACAUCGUCUGCAGCAUCCCAAAAGGAAGAAAGAGCAACUCCGUCGCUUGUGAAGUUGCAAGGUGAGGGAGAGUACGAUUGGUCAAGGCACGCUAAACCGAUGCUUAACCCCUACCUGCGUGAAAAUGUUCCUGCCGUGUAUGUGGUUGAGGUCUGUAUCCCGACAGUGACCUCCAUUGCAGAGGUGGAGGUCCGAGUUACGUCCCGGUCUGUGGAGCUUAGUUACGUGGACGCAGAGAAUGAUGCGCCAUUCUUAACCAUACCGCUGGACUAUCCAAUAGACGAAGAUGCACCCAGCGCGAAGUUUGUUCGAAAGACGCAUAUGUUAAAAAUGCGACUUUCAGUAAAACUUCCGGACGAGACGAGUGAGCUUGCCACGAAGGCGGAGCGUGAUGCUGACGAAAUUGAGGAAGAAGAGAAGCGGCUGGCACGUGAGGAACGCGAAAAGGAGCUUGAAGAACACAAAAAGCGUGUCGAACGGGUGCGAGAGGAGGAAGAACAUGUCAUGAAAGAGCGAAAAAGUUAUGUGGAAAAUUUGGCAGCUGUUCAGGAGGGAUCGAUGCCUCCUAGUCUUAAGGAGGAGUUGGAAAAGCUUCCGCCGGAUCAGCUCCGUGUUAUGCUGCAGCGGUUAGAAAACAAAAUACGCAAGGGAGAUUCCAUUGAUGAAAUGCUGGAUAAAUUUCCUCCGUCUAUGAUAGACGCCAUUUGUCGUCACAUUCGUGACAAGUUGGGACUCGAGCAGAGGCCGCCGCCGAGUUGCCUACACAAAGAGCCACCGACGGCAAAUUCUGGCGCUGCCGCCCCGGUGCAGACAGCGAAAGGGGAAGCAGAAGAUGUAACUCAAGAGGUGGAGGUAGAGGAAGGACGUGUUGAAUACAACUUCGCAAAGAAGUCUGAGAAGUUAUUCGGAGUAGCGUUCCACAAUCGAUAUCUUUUUGCUCUGGACUGA